AUGUUAUCAAUUGUUUCAAUAUUUAUUGGUCUAAUAUUGCUUAUAUUUGUUUCAUUAUCUUUACAUGUCAAAGAAUUAGCACAACCAUUACUGUUUGCUGAUCUUAAGUGUAUUAUGUAUGGAAAAUUUCUUUAUGUUCCUCUCGUUGCUAUGUACAAUUGGUUUAUUGCUAGUGUAGCAAUAGAACGCGCGUUAGUUGCCUGUUCUAGUAACUAUGGACUACACGAUUCGAGAUGUCGUUCAAUUAUAGCGUCUAUUGUUAUUAUAAUUAUUUGUUCAUUGAGUAGUCUUCCCGGAGUUUUCACAGUUCGUCAAAAUCAAUCUGCAGAAUUGCGGCCUGUACAGUGCAUGAACUUCACGCCACUCGGAUAUAUUUUAUUUCGAACUGUUACACGCAUUCAUGUAUUUGCAUUUUAUCUUCUCUAUAUUAUAAUGAACAUUGUGGUGUUAGGACAUCUGUUCAGACAUCGUCGACGUUUUGUAGAUGCUGAUUCAUUACCUACCCAAGUUUAUCUUAUCUUACGUAAACAUAGAGAUUUUUUCAUACCGUACUUAGUUCAAACUCUUAGUCAGUUACCUAGUACUAUAAUGGAUUUUAUUAUGACCUGUUCAAUGGCUUAUACAUCACUUGCCGCACGUUUAGCUAUAGUAUUUGUUAUCCUACAAACUCUUCCAUUUAUAAUAACAUUUUAUCUAUAUAUUUAUUUAUCACCGGUAUACUGGACAGAGUUCUUACAUUCAUCACCCAUUGGCAAAUGUCUUAUGAAAAUGAAGAAAAAAACUCGCACUGCCUUCCAUUAUAAAACUAUCAAAGACAAUAAUCUGUCUGAGAUGCGUUACUAA